GCACCAGUCAUUAUCCCUCACCAAGUCCGACUAAACCCAUUUUGAUCGCUUGGAAGGGAAGCUUUUGUACAGCCACUCAUCUACCAGCAUUGUUGCACCGCGGUACGGGAGUGCUCCUCUCACCUGCCAUUUCUUCGUUUGCCGUUCGUGCCCUUUCGAGCACUUUUACUGCUGCUGCCGCUACCACACUCAUCCUCUCCCUUCGACUAUCUUUGGCGUCAUCCGUACGUGCGCAGGUGUAUUCGUUGUCAUCGUCGCCGAAUACUCGUCAUCACGGUUAAUCUUGACACAUACUCUUCAUCACUUCCCACGAAGCGUUCUCCAAGUCAAUCUCGACUUUGCCACAUAAGCUGUGCGCCUGCCACUUUCGCAGUUUUCAUUCCACCUCCAACCUCACCUCUCAGUCCUUUUCAACCUCCCACCGCAACAUCACCUCAUAAUCUUCCCUUAAUCAGCCAUGGCCGACAAAUAUCCUCCUCCGCAAUACCCUCCUCAGGCAUAUGACAAUAACUCAGGUUAUAUGUCGCCGCCUCCUCAAGGUCAAAUGCAGCCCUAUGGUGACCCCAACCAACAACAGUACAACCAGGGCGGCUACUACCCCCCUCCGGGCCCUCAGUAUGGUCCUCCUCAAGGAUAUUAUCCACAACAGCAGCCCAUGUACGUCGAAGAUCGAAGAGGAGGUGGCAGUUCAGCGCCAGGAAUCUGUGCCGGUCUGUUCGCUGGUCUUGCUUGCUGUUGUUGCUUGGACUGCUUGUUUUAGAUGCGCCCUUGCUAAAAACAUGAAAUAAUGGGGUUUAUGAAGGAUGACACGUCCAGCGCAAAAACAAACGGAUGUGUUUGACGUUGUCUACUGCCAGAAAUGAACCAAGGACAGUUGGGAUCGUGAUAUUUGCCACCCGAAAAUACAUUUAUUUGAGUCGGUCUGGCUGCCAUAAGACCUCGCCGCCGCUGGAGAGAUGCACGGUUCUGUGGGUCACAUGAUCCAGGUAUUGGUCAUUCUGGUGGAUAGCGGUGCUUGUGGAUGAACACACAACCAGAGCCUGUCCUUCUCUGGCCGUUGAGAUUUGCGAGCGUAUCGGGGUUCCUACUUUCUUUUUCAUAGUGUUCAGUUCAGCGUUUGCACACACUCAUACACACUACGUUUUCUCGCAGAGAUUCUGAUGAUAGUUUAAUCAUCCUACCUGCUGGAGAAGGUAUCACAAAUGACAAACUCUUUGUCUUGAA